UCUGAUGGGCCUGCGCUGCGCCUCCAGGAGGGGCGCGCCUGCGCAUUGUGCUGGUCUCCACGGCGGGGCCUCGGAGCCAAGACGAGGUAUGGUGAGAUCAACAGAUGAAGAGACAAUUGCCAUUGGGAAACCAGCCCAUUAUUCACAGUUCUCAAAAGGAGUGGGCAUGCUGUACCACAAAGUGCCAACAAUAUAACCCCAAGGUAACCAUAGCUGCUAGAAGUUCAUGGGGCAAUGAUCAUGUUAUGUCCAGAAGACAUUUCAUGACACUCAUUCCCAUCCCCAGGUUCCUACAUUCUUUCCGACCACUCCCCUUUUCUUGAGCUUUGGAGCCAUUAACUCAUCAGAGAAAAUGGAACUGACUGUGAAGCCAGCAUGGAGCAGUGUCAUUCGUUAGCGGGCAACUGUGACGAUGGUGAGACGUCAGAAAGAGAGGCUCAGGGAUUUGAGCAUCGGACCUGUAUGGACUCUGGGGAUCCUUCCUUUGGACAAAAUGAUCCCCCUGCCAUUUUGCCCAUUACUGCUCCUAAAACAUAUGAUUCACUCACAGCUCAGGAUAUGCCAGAGACACUGACUGACACACAGGCCCUUCAUGAAGAGCAAUUUCAUCUUUUGGACCAAAAUGGGCAGCCUAUUCAAUAUGAUCUUCAGUCUUUGGGAAAUUCUACUGCACAAAUGACAGGGAUGGAGCAAGUGGUCAUACCUCAGGAGCCCUUUGCAGAUGAGCAUAGCCCUCAAGAUAUCUCUGAAGAGAAACCCACUGGUGGAAGCUUACCAGCUGUAAGAGAAGAUGUUCUAGAAGACAGCACCAGUAAUUACAGCCUUCGCUCACAAGCAUCCCUUGUGGUACUCAAAAAGUCAGGGGCCAGAGUUGCUGAAGAACCUUUGCUGGCUCCUCUCCAGCCACUUUCUUGUAACACACCCAUGUGGGCCUGCCGUCUUAGGAGUUGUGAGAAAAUUGGAGAUUCCUACCGUGGCUACUGCGUAAGUGAGACUGAAUUAGAAAGUGUCCUAACUUUUCACAAGCAGCAAACACAGACUGUCUGGGGUACUCGCCAGUCUCCAAGCCCAGCCAAACCUGCCACACGCUUGAUGUGGAAGUCUCAGUAUGUCCCAUAUGACGGAAUCCCAUUUGUCAAUGCAGGAAGUCGAGCUGUGGUAAUGGAGUGUCAGUAUGGACCAAGGAGAAAAGGUUUUCAGUUAAAAAAAAUCAGUGAGCAAGAAAGUAGGUCUUGUCAUCUCUAUAAAGCUACUUGUCCAGCCAGGAUAUACAUUAAAAAGGUACAGAAAUUUCCUGAAUAUAGAGUACCUACAGACCCCCAAAUUGACAGGAAGAUAAUCAGACUGGAGCAGGAGAAAGCCUUCACGCUGCUGAAGAAGAACCUGGUGGAUGCUGGUGGUGUUCUUCGAUGGUAUGUGCAGUUACCUACACAGCAAGCUCAUCAGUAUCAUGAAUCAGGGACUCCUGGUGUCCCUUUGUCACCGUCACCUUUUCCUAUGUCUCCUCUUGAAGAAGAGGAAGCUGUAGUCAGAGAUGAGAACUGUGCGUUGCCCUCUCGUCUCCACCCGCAAGUAGCGCAUAAGAUUCAGGAAUUAGUGUCACAGGGAGUAGGACAAGUGUAUGCAGUAAGGAAGCAGCUCAGAAAAUUUGUGGAAAGAGAACUGUUCAAGCCUGAUGAGAUACCUGAAAGACAUAAUUUAUCUUAUUUUCCAACUGUAAAUGAUAUAAAAAACCAUAUCCAUGAGGUACAGAAAUCCUUGAGGACUGGAGAUGUGGUAUAUAACUCAGAGAUUAUUCCAGCAACGCUUCAAUGGACUACAGAUAGUGGGAAUAUUCUCAGAGAGACUGUAACAGUUACAUUUGCAGAAGGAAAUUUACUAGGAGAACCAAUUCCCAGCAAAAUGGGAACAAGUCAGACACAGACUUCUUUGUCUCCAGAGCCACUUCCCUUGCUCUCCCCACUUUCUUCAUUUCCACCCAAAAUAUUUACACACUUCCAGGCUUUGAAGUUACAGCCAAGACUCUCCUCUCCUGAUGGCUCACAAGCUUUGGUGUCAGUAGAUAGCCAUGCAUCCUCUAGUCCUUCUGGCCUUGUGGAUACAGUAGGAAAUGCUGAAGUGAAUAACCACUCUCUCCUGCUUGGUCAGAGUCAAAUCCUUGGAACAGAUACAUGCCUAACCCAAAAGAACAGCACUCCCUCUUCCAUGGGCAACCUCCCAGAGUCAGUUCCGAAUCUAGCUGCAGUGCACCAGCUGGUGGGAGGUGAAGCUGGUGAGGAUGCAGGUAAUCCGGAAGGAAGUGUAAAUAGGACUCUGUUGGGAGAUGUACAAACCGUUCCAAUACCAAUCAUAGACAGCCAUCCAGCUCUUGUUGAAGAAAGUCUGUCUAAGAACCAAGUUAAACGAGAAACCAAUGAGCCAACCCUGUCCACAGAAGCAAAAACUUUCCUGGACUGUAAAAAAAUAUCUGCUACAUAAAUAUUGUGAGUUUUUCAGAAUUUACAGCUCUGGCCCCUUCCUUCCGAUGUCUUAAUAGGUGGGGAUUGUCAGAGGUGGUGUGUCAAUCACCGGACCAGGACUGAUGAUGGGCAGUUUUGACUUAAAGCUCCAAUAUUUGUUGCCAAUUCUAUAUUUGUAUUUCCCUUAAAAAUAUUUUACUUUAUUUUGUAUUCCUAUAAUUUUUUAUUAUUAUCCAGUAAGGCAAAUAUUUUAAAAGAUCAUCUGAAGUUAUCCACAGUAAUUUAGUGUGAAUGCAAAUAGUUAUCUCACCCAGUUUUGGUUCUUACAAGACAGAAAAGACCAACAAUAAAAGCAGUAUGUAAGUGCACGUGUAGGUGUGUCGGAAAAUUUAAAGUUAUAAGAACAGUUUUGAUUAACCGACAGGUAAGAAACUAUUUAUUAUCUUUUUAUUUGGGAAGAUAGAGCAAUAGAUUUCUAUGGUAGCACAGAACCACCAAACACAUCCCCCAAUGCUGCAUUUGCAGUUUAUCCUUGGCGAGAUAUAAAUCUUUAACUGUAAAUGAAUGGUACUAAAGGUCAUCUGUCAGACAUUUCAGUGACUUGGAAAUAUUAAAACAUUGAAUUAAUCAGAUAAAUAACAUAAAUGGAUAUAAAUGACAUGUAUGUUAUAUGGGACUGGAGGUAAAUCCCUACCUAGGAAUAGAAACUUGAAAAAUUCAGAGAUUUGGGGAAAUGUUAGAAUUCCCUACUAUUUAUAGAUCAUUUGUGGGAACUUUUUUUU